AUGCUUGAUGGGUCAAGCCCCCAGGCAGGAAAAAUCUGGAAGAAGGCCAACCUCACCUUCUCCUUUGAUGGCAAAACAAUGACAGAGACAUUCCUGAUUUGUAAUACUGGUUCAUACCCCACCAUCUUAGGACUCAAAUGGUUAGAUGCCCACAAUCCAGAGAUUGAUUGGAAUUUGCACACCCUCACCUUUCCCCACACAACCCCAGAACACGUGGCCAUUGCCAAAGAGGAAGAAGCUGAUAAGGACCCCCUCAAAGGGGUCCCCCCUGAAUACCAUCAAUAUGCCAAGCUCACAGAGGAAGGCCCCCUCAACUCCCCCCUUUACAGUAUGACAGAUGCCAAGUCUGCCACCCUUAAAGAUUGGCUCAGGGACAAGUUGAAAGCAGGGAAAAUUUGCCCCAGCAAAUCCUCCAUCAGCUCUCCUGUAAUGUUUGUACCAAAGAAGGAUGGUUCCCACUGA